UGAGAUAAGUCCACCCAAAUAUUUGGAAUGGCUUUGCAAAUAAACCAGUAGCCAGUUAUUUCUAAUAAAUCCAUGAUCUCAUGUAUGUGGCGCUUUUAAGGGAACAAUUGUGAACUAAACCAUCUCUGUUGGCAAAAAUAUAAAUUAAAAAAUAGGUACGUGCAUAUUUGAAACAGAUUGCGGGAAACAUCCCUUUCCAUAUCCUUUGGGACAAUUGCAACGAAUUCAGUUGGAGUUUAAAUAUCUUACCACAAGACCACAGAAAUGAACAAGAACGGAAGUGCUGUGCCUCAUUUUUUAGAUAAAUAGCGUUCGGUGCCAUUUUAUGUAGCUGUGUGAUAUAGUGAUUCAAACUCUUCCUAAGUUGUAUGUAGUUGCCAGUUUGUGCCUGGAGUCAGCUCAUUAUACUCCUUUGAGAUCAGUGCGUUAUUCACGCACUACCGAAAAAACAUGCAGUGAAUUGGUCCGUGUUCGGGUGUACCAUGAUGGCUGAAUUAGGGGGUGGCCAAUUUGAUUUCUUUCUUUCUGGUACCUUCUUUUGGAGCCUUAAAAUAAAGUGGAUGGACAAAAAGUUUAUUUCACUUACCUUAAGAGGGAUAUCUUAAAUCGUGGUAAUUCCUGACCAUGCACCAAACACAUACACCAGAAAACAUUUCUUUUAGGCGUGUUCACUUCCCAGUUGACGGUCGUAGAGGAACAGGAAAUAAACGGAAAGUUUGUUGCGGGAAGCAAAGCAGGGAAUCAAACGAGCUACAAUGAGUCGAAUUUAUCAAAACACAGCGCUGCAAAAUAAACCUGUUAACAAUGAAAAAAUAAACAGCAAGUGGCAGCCAUCUACCUACCAGAGUGGUCCUGGUGUCAUCUUGGAGGGCAGUUUGGUUGAUGUUUCACGGCACGUAAUCACUGACGACUGCAACGAAAAGGAUCGCUAUUAUGUUCUGUACAUUAAGCCCAAUCGAGUUCAUCGGAGGAAGUUUGAUGCGAAAGGGAACGAGGUCGAGCCGAACUUCAGUGACACCAGGAAGGUCAACACUGGCUACCUGAUGUCAUCUUUCAAGGUGGAGGCCAAAGGGGAGACGGAUCGCCUGUCCGAGGAGGAUCUGAAGGCGGCGGUGAACAAGGCGGAGCUCGUGAAGGUGACGGACAGGCACGCCCCCGGCGGGACCGUGGCGUUCUGGCUCCCCGAGGCGGAGAUGCAGAAGACCGAGCUGGAGCAAGGCCAGGACGUCCGCCUGAAGACCAGAGGAGACGGGCCCUUCAUUUUUUCCUUGGCUAAAGUGGACGGAGGCACGGUGACCAAGUGCAACUUCGCCGGAGACGAGAACGCCGGAGCCUCUUGGACGGACAAGAUAAUGGCGAACAAAGACGGCGGGGGGAGCGGGGCGACGGGGGGCGGCCAGGGCGAGGGGGCGGAGGACGAGGAGUGGGAUGACUGAGAUGGGAGGUGCUACUCCUGGAGGAAGCAGGACCGGGGCACACACAGUGGCUUCCAGUGCAGAGAGUACACCACACUAUUACCCACAAACCCCUGCAUGGGCUGGAGGCCGAGGAGGAGGUCACAGGCUGCUGGCAAUUUUGUUAAUGGAACAUUAUUCAACAUGCAGACAUAUUUUCUGCCAGCUUAUAUUGCUGUGUCAUGCCAAUACAUAGAGAUGUAUACAUAAUCUCAUUAUAACUAUGCAUAGUGUCAUAAUAACGCAACUAAUAUACUCGGUUCAGAUCAACACUGUGACCAAACCAAAAUUUAACUUCAUAGUUGAAUUUAUUUGUUCACUGUUCCUGGAUCUUCUGUUUUUUUGGGGAUAAGGUUUUUGUGCAACAGUGCCAAUAGGCAGGCAAGAGUCAUAUUAUCUAGUAUUUUUUUUACUGCAAUUGCAAUAAAGAGAUUUUUACAUACAACAA